AUGGCAGACGAGGGCGAGGGAAAUCUCGCCGAAGAGAGAAAUCAGAUCAAGCAGUUGCAGUCAGACAUCGCUCGGAAACGCGAGCAGCUAGAACGUCUGAAGCAGCGCAAAAUUGCUUUUGAUGAGGAGCUCAAGCAGCGAAAUACAGAGCUGAGCUUCAUCAAGGAGGAGCACAAGUCCACCCAGAAAAAGGCACAGAAGACUUCGCAGUAUGGCGACGCACAGAAGAAAGCCGAGGCGGAGAGCCACUUCAUGUCGGAGCAAGUCCACAGCUUCCUCCAGGAUCGAAUUCCAGCUAUGGCGCCCUCACAAGAAGAGCCGGAUGGAGUUGAUCAAGGCGCCGCAGACUUCAAGGAGAACGUGGGCGAGGAUCCAAACAAGCAGAACCUGCACGACACCGUCCUCGUCAGCUAUGUGAAUUUGUCUGGCGACAAGAAGGACGACGACUACAAGGUCACAUAUCGAAUUGAUGGAUCCAUCACCGUCGCGGAUUUGCUGAAAGAUGCUUGCAGCUACUGGGGGC